GUAGAUUUUCUGCUGAACUACUUUCAUUUGUACUGAAUGAUCUCAUCCUCACUCGCCUCCAUAUAUAAACGGACGCUGAUCUUGUGUAGCGGGGGUUGGUUGAAUGCCAGUGCUCGCUCGGCGCCUGUCAUCUACCAUAUCUUCGCCGAGCCUGGCUCAGCCUGCCCAGCCAUCCGCCAAUUCCGCUGGUGUCACUUUUGCCUAAAAUCUACAGAGGACAUUCUCUCUGUCUUACCUGUCUUGACACGCCAACCAUGAAUUAUACAUUCAUCGAAUAGGCCCACAUUCCGCAUGUUGACUUGCUAAGAACCAACUGGUCAAGGUUCUUUGAAUCCCUUUCUGGCUGGGAUUGCCGAGAAUGUAUAUCCCUCGUCAACAUGGACGGCUUGUCGCCCGUCUCAACGAAACGGUUGGCGCAGACAACAAUAAGGAAGCUCGAAACGACACUGCACACAGGAAUAAUAUCUUUAUCAUCUGUGCUGCGUGCAUCGUCUUCGUAUUAGCCCUCAUUCUGAUGACUUAUUUUACCUUGCGCGCCCUUCGUCGCAUGAACUGUCGCCCCAAAUAUAUCCCCGGAAAAUUUUUGAAAGACAAAUGGAAUCGAUGGCAUGUUGGAGCAUCGUACGGUCAGGUUCCGAAUGACGGAUCAUCGUCGAAUCGAGAUGAAAGCGGUUCAAAUAGCCGGCCUACACAGGGACCAUCAGAAAUGAAUACUAAUAGUACAGUUCGCCGGGAAACUUCAAUCCGCUCUAUCAUCACACUUCCCCCCUAUUCAUCAAGCCCAAAACCUACAGAGCAGGUCAUUGCGCGAGAGGGGGAGCGGGGUGGUAUGGAUGUCGUCGUCGAAUUCCCUGAGACUGCCGAGGAAGAGGAGUCGCGCAGGGAGGAAAGAAUGGAAGCUCUAUACCAAGUCCGCCAGCAACGGAGACAGGAGAUAGCCGAACGGGAGGCCCGACGAGAGGAGCGUCGUGACGCCCGUGCCCGUGGAGAUUACAUUCGUCUUGAGCAGCUUCGGAUGGAGAGUCGUACUCGAGUACAGAGUCGCUCUUCUGCCAACGGUAGCAACUCUACUUUGUCUUCUGCGUUGAAUUUGGCAGAACAACCAAGUCGAGGUCGGGACAGGCGUAUUUCGAGUGUCAGCUAUGCUGAGUUAGGUUAUGUGCGACACGAUGGAUCGCGCAUGCGCACUAGUUCGCCUGAUGCGGAUUCUCGCCCUCUCCUGUCGAACGCUGCUACUAUGAACACCGACACUUCCAACCGUUCAUCCACAUCAAGUUUGACAAACGUACAUUCGCGGGGCGAAUCCUACUCAUCUGCCAAUUCCACAGCAACUGGUGGAUCCGAACAAGACGCCUUGACCCCGGUUCAAUCACACGCUGCUUCUACCCGCUCUAUGAUUCCGAGCACCGGUGAAGUGGAUGUGGGAAAUCUUCACAUACCUCCUCCGGAUUACGAACAUUUGGACUGGGGAGAUGCGCCCCCGUAUGAAAGCCCAACUGCGGAGCGAGGUAACCACCCGCACUUACGUGAACUGACUCCUCUACCAACAAUCCAAAUCGAGCUCGCCAGCCCUGUGAACAACACCCCUACGACGCCAACUAAUCCCCGUCAUGAGGAACAUAGCCCAUCAGAAAACCGAGAUACGCAUCGUGAAUCUUAGCCUUAUUUCACCUACUUAUGUCUCUACUUAGUCAAUAUUUUGUCUAUUAUUCCCUGACAUCACCUACACCAACAUUACGCCCUAACGAUGUUUAGUUUUUCAUGUAUAGCUGCUUUAUUGUUAUCAAUAGUGCACUCUCGCUCUGCCUUUUUAUUACUCAUCUUCUUCCCCCCCAGGACCUUAGUUUUACUUCAGCUAGCGUGGCGUUCAGGUGGCAUUGUUUACGGUUCUUAUUCAAACCUCUGCAUGUAUAUAAAGAGGAGCGGUUUGUAUGAUUUUACUGAGCAUAUAAACGAGGAGAAAUGGAUAUAGCCAGAGAUUCUGCUUUUUAUACAUUUCAAUUUGACAGUUGUACAGAGUAGUACCUGGAACAGUUGGAGGCUAGACGAAAGGCGGUCGCACCGAUGGCAG